AUGAACCAACAUUCUACAUCACUAGGAGGAAUACAUAGUGACGAUCAUUCUUCACGAUCUUCCGAAAGUCAAAAUAUGAGACAAAUGUCAUCACCUCACGGUCAACAACACGAAUUAACUUCUCAUAUGGAUCAUAGUGAGGGCAGUGGACGUAAACGUAUUCAACGUAGCAGUUCAUCAACAAGUACAGAUAGUUCAGCAUCUGGUCAUGGUCGUCCAACUGGUGGUCGAGUUGAAGGUCCAAUAAUCACAGCUACACAGCAACAACAACAACAGCACCAGCAACAACAGCACCAACAACAGUAUGUUGCUGAAGCUGCUAAAAUUUCUGCAGGACCGGCCGUUGUAUCUCAUGGAGGACCUACUGGUGGAGCACAAGUUGUGAGCGGUGGUUCAUUUGGAAGUGUUGCUAGUGGUGAACGACGAAAAGGUCGUUUUCGACAAGAAUAUAUUCGAUUACCUGAGCAACAACAAGGACAAGUGCGACAAGUACGGCAUCGUUUACCAACUCCUGAACCAGAUACAAUCGAACGAAUCUAUGUUCGACGUACUGGAGCUGAAAUUGUAGAAGAAAUUACAGAAGUUCCAACAACACCACCACCAAUUCUUAAAGAACGAACUGUUGUUGAACCAGCUGGACCACCAAAAGUGGUUAAACACGUAAUUCGUGUACCACCAAGAGGUGGCUCUUAUGGUGGUCAGUUUCAACAACAAGGUGCUAAUGUUCAUUAUAGCGAUAAUUUAUUAAAUGCAGGAGGUUAUGACAAUGCUCAACAGGUUGCUAGCAGUUACCAACAACCUGGUGCUACAACUUAUUCAAGUGGGUAUAAUGGAACAGCUACCACUGCUGGUCCCUAUUCUCCUAUUGGCACUGGUUUUAGUUCUGUUGGUGGUAGUGGUUUUGGUUCUGUUGGUGGUAGUGGUUUUGGUUCUGUUGGUGCUAGUGGUUUUGGUUCUGUUGGUGGUAGUGGUUUUGGUUCUGUUGGUAGCGGUUUUGGUGCUGUUGGUAGCGGUUUUGGUUCUGUAGGUAGCGGUUUUGGUUCUGUUGGUCGUGGAUUUGGUUCUCUUGGUGGUAGUGGUUUUGGCUCUUUAGGUAGUGGCUAUAGCCAACAGGCACCUAUUACAUUUAGUGUUGGUGGUAGUGGUAGUUCAUCUCAGCCUAUGCCAGGAAUUGGUUGUCAUCCUGCUUUCUGUUUUUAUAUCUGA